UCCUCCUGCGCCGUCCCCUCCUCGGCCCGGGCGGGGGGCUCCGUGCGCCGAGCUCGGCCGGGCCAGGCGCUCCAGGAGGCGGGCGCCCCAGGCGGCGGCGGCGGCCGCGACGGUGGUGGCGGCGGUGCGGGCCGGGAAACUUUGCCCCUUUGUGCGCUCCGCCCCGGAGGCGGCGGGCAGGCAGCGCUGCCUUCUCCAUCAUCCUGACCCGGGAGAAAGAUAUACUGGAGGAGAAGCUCCUCACCCUGCCCUGCCCCCAUCACACAGCCACCUGCUCACCUCAUGCCUGGGUCCAGGGUGGGUGAGGGUGAAGAACCCACCCAGCCAAGAUGAUCCCUUCUUUGGGGACUGCCGCUGGUAUCCUCCCCCAGAUCCCGGGCCCCAGCAGGUGGGAGAGCGGCCCCCAACUGAGUCCUAUCAGAUUGCUGCAGAGGAGGUGAAGAAGGGUUGAGAAGAGGCGCCCAUUCCACAGCCUGGAGCUACUUGCCUUCACCCUGUAGUCUCGCGACUGCUUUAGGAGAGAAGGACCUGUUGGCCACCUUUGCAGCCUGGAAGCUGGACUGCGGCCCUGCCCCCGCACCUAUGCCCCCACCUCUGGCAGCAUCAUGAGUCAGUUUCAGGUGCCCCUGGCGGUCCAGCCGGACCUGCCAGGCCUUUAUGACUUCCCUCAGGGCCAGGUGAUGGUAGGGGGCUUCCAGGGGCCUGGGCUCCCAAUGGCCGGGAGUGAACCCCAACUCCGAGGGGGUGGAGAUGGGCGGAAGAAACGGAAACGGUGUGGUACUUGUGAGCCCUGCCGGCGGCUGGAAAAUUGUGGGGCUUGCACCAGCUGUACCAACCGCCGCACACACCAGAUCUGCAAACUGCGCAAGUGUGAGGUGCUGAAGAAAAAAGUGGGGCUUCUCAAGGAGGUGGAAAUAAAGGCUGCUGAAGGAGCCGGGCCGUGGGGACAAGGGGCAGCUGUCAAGACAGGCUCAGAGCUCAGCCCAGUUGAUGGACCUGCUCCAGGUCAGAUGGACUCAGGGCCAGUGUACCAUGGGGACUCACGGCAGCUAAGCGCCCCAGGGGCGCCGGUCAAUGGUGCUAGAGAACCUGCAGGACCCAGCCUGCUGGGCACUGGGGGUCCUUGGCGAGCAGACCAGAAGCCCGACUGGGACGCGGCCCCAGGACCAGCUCACACUGCUCGCCUGGAAGAUGCCCACGAUCUGGUGGCCUUUUCGGCUGUGGCCGAAGCCGUGUCCUCCUACGGGGCCCUUAGCACCCGGCUCUAUGAAACCUUCAACCGUGAGAUGAGUCGCGAAGCUGGGGACGACAACAGCAGGGGACCCCAGUCAGGGCCCGAAGGCUGCCCUGCUGGCAGUGAAGACCUUGACACGUUGCAGACGGCCCUGGCCCUUGCUCGGCAUGGCAUGAAACCACCCAACUGCAACUGCGAUGGCCCAGAGUGCCCUGACUACCUCGAGUGGCUGGAGGGGAAGAUCAAGUCCGUGGUGGUGGAGGGCGGGGAGGAGCGGCCCAGGCUCCCAGGGACUCUGCCUUCUGGUGAGGCUGGCCUCCCAGCGCCAAUCAGCAGGCCACUCCUCAGCUCUGAGGUCCCCCAGAUCCCACCUCCGGAGGGCCUGCCCCUGUCCCAGAGUGCCCUGAGUAUCGCCAAGGAAAAGAACAUCAGCCUGCAGACCGCCAUUGCCAUUGAGGCCCUCACACAACUCUCCUCCGCCCUCCCCCAGCCCUCUCAUGCUACUUCCCAGGCUCCGUGCCCCCUUCCUGAGGCCUUGUCCCCUCCCGCCCCCUUCAGAUCUCCCCAGUCCUACCUCCGGGCUCCCUCGUGGCCUGUGGUCCCUCCUGAAGAGCACCCAUCCUUUGCCCCUGAGAGCCCUGCCUUCCCUCCAGCGACUCCUAGAACAGAGUUUCCCGAAGCCUGGGGCACUGACACCCCACCAGCAACUCCCCGGAGCCCCUGGCCCAUGCCCCGCCCGAGCCCCGACCCCAUGGCUGAACUGGAGCAGUUGUUGGGCAGUGCCAGUGAUUACAUCCAGUCAGUAUUCAAGCGGCCCGAGGCCCUGCCCAGCAAGCCCAAGGUCAAGGUUGAGGUGCCCUCUUCCUCCUCGGCCCCCUCCCCGUCCCCCACUCUCCAGAGAGAGGCCCCCACGCCAUCCUCAGAGCCCAGCACCCACCAGAAGGCCCAGACGGCCCUGCAGCAGCACCUCCACCACAAGCGCAGUCUCUUUCUGGAGCAGGCCCGUGAUGUCGCCUUCCCGCACCCCUCGGAGCCUCCUGCCCCCGGCUGGUGGGCACCCCCCAGCUCACGGCCUUCGGACAGACCACCCAAGGAGAAGAAGAAGAAGUCCCUGGCACCAGUUGGAGGUCCCACGGGAACCGACAAAGCCGGCCCUGGGAUCAAGCCCGGUGUCCGGAAGCCCAUUCAGAUCAAGAAGUCCAGGCCACGGGAAGCGCAGCCUCUCUUCCUGCCUGUGCGGCAAAUCGUCCUGGAAGGGCUGAGGUCCCCAGCCUCUGAGGAUGCGCAGGCACAGCUGCCCACCCCCGUCCCCGCCUCACAGGGCUCCGCUGUCCCCCAACCCCCAGAACCUUCUCUUGCGCUAUUUGCACCUAGUCCCUCCGGGGACAGCCUGCUGCCCCCUACUCAGGAAAUGAGGUCUCCCAGCCCCAUGGCAACCCUGCAGCCAGGCUCCGCUGGCCCUCUUCCCCCUGCUGAUGACAAGCUGGAAGAGCUCAUCCGGCAGUUUGAGGCUGAAUUUGGGGAUAGCUUUGGGCUUCCUGGCCCCCCAUCUGUGCCCAUUCAGGACCCUGAGAACCAGCCAACCUGUCUCCCAGCCCCUGAGAGCCCUUUCGCCACCCGCUCUCCCAAGCAGAUCAAGAUCGAGUCUUCGGGGGCGGUGACUGUACUUUCAACCACCUGCUUCCAUUCAGAGGAGGGGGCUCAGGAGGCUACACCCACCAAGGCUGAGAAUCCACUUACACCCACCCUCAGUGGCUUCUUGGAGUCACCUCUUAAGUACCUGGACACACCCACCAAGAGUCUGCUGGACACCCCUGCCAAGAGAGCCCAGGCUGAGUUCCCCACUUGUGAUUGCGUAGAACAAAUAGUGGAGAAAGACGAAGGUCCGUAUUACACUCAUCUGGGAUCUGGCCCCACGGUAGCCUCCAUCCGGGAACUCAUGGAGGAGCGGUACGGAGAGAAGGGGAAGGCCAUCCGGAUCGAGAAGGUCAUCUACACGGGGAAGGAGGGGAAGAGCUCACGUGGCUGCCCCAUCGCCAAGUGGGUGAUCCGCAGGCACACGCUGGAGGAGAAGCUGCUCUGCCUGGUGCGGCACCGGGCGGGCCAUCACUGCCAGAAUGCCGUGAUUGUCAUCCUCAUCCUGGCCUGGGAGGGCAUCCCCCGCAGCCUCGGAGACACCCUCUACCAGGAGCUCACCGACACCCUCCGGAAGUACGGGAACCCCACCAGCCGGAGAUGUGGCCUCAAUGAUGACCGGACCUGCGCUUGUCAAGGCAAAGACCCGAACACCUGUGGUGCCUCCUUCUCCUUCGGUUGUUCCUGGAGCAUGUACUUCAAUGGCUGCAAAUACGCUCGAAGCAAGACUCCUCGCAAGUUCCGCCUCGCGGGGGACAACCCCAAAGAGGAAGAAGUGCUCCGGAAGAGUUUCCAGGACCUGGCCACCGAAGUUGCUCCCCUCUAUAAGCGGCUGGCCCCCCAGGCCUAUCAGAACCAGGUGACCAAUGAGGAAAUAGCGAUUGACUGCCGUCUGGGGCUGAAGGAGGGGCGGCCCUUCUCAGGGGUCACGGCCUGCAUGGACUUCUGUGCCCACGCCCACAAGGACCAGCAUAACCUCUACAAUGGGUGCACAGUGGUCUGCACCCUGACCAAGGAAGACAAUCGCUGCGUGGGCAAGAUCCCCGAGGACGAGCAGCUGCACGUGCUCCCCCUGUACAAGAUGGCUAACACGGAUGAGUUUGGCAGUGAAGAGAACCAGAAUGCCAAGGUGGGCAGCGGGGCCAUCCAGGUGCUCACCGCCUUCCCCCGCGAGGUCCGGCGCCUGCCUGAGCCUGCCAAGUCCUGCCGCCAGCGGCAGCUGGAAGCCAGGAAGGCAGCAGCCGAGAAGAAGAAGAUUCAGAAGGAGAAGCUGAGCACUCCUGAGAAGAUCAAGCAGGAGGCCCUGGAGAUGGCCGGCAUCUCCACUACCCCAGGCCUGUCUCUGAAGGCUGGAUUGUCCCAGCAGAACCUGAAGCCCUCCCUCAAGGUGGAGCCGCAGAACCACUUUAGCUCCUUCAAAUACAGUGGCAACGCGGUGGUGGAGAGCUACUCGGUGCUGGGCAACUGCCGGCCCUCCGACCCCUACAGCGUGAACAGCGUGUACUCCUACCACUCCUACUAUGCACAGCCUGGCCUGGCUUCCGUCAACGGCUUCCACUCCAAGUACGCUCUUCCGUCGUUCAGCUACUACAGCUUUCCAUCCAGUAACCCCGUCUUCCCCUCUCAGUUCCUGGGUCCUAGCGCCUGGGGGCACAGUGGCAGCAGCAGCAGUUUUGAGAAGAAGCCAGACCUCCACGCUCUGCACAACAGCCUGAGCCCAGCCUACGGUGGUGCUGAGUUUGCCGAGCUGCCCGGCCAGGCUGUUCCCACAGACACCCACCACCCCAGUCCUCACCACCAGCAGCCUGCUUAUCCAGGCCCCAAGGAGUAUCUGCUUCCCAAGGCCCCCCAGAUUCACCCAGUGUCCAGGGACCCCUCUCCCUUUGCACAGAGCUCCAAUUGCUACAACAGAUCCAUCAAGCAAGAGCCAGUGGAUCCACUGGUCCAUGUCGAAUCUGUAUCCAGAGAGCCUGGCAAGAUGGGCAAAACGCCUCUGCCUGAGGCCUCUCAGAACGGGGGACCCAAUCACCUAUGGGGACAGUACUCAGGAGGCCCAAGCAUGUCCCCCAAGAGGACUACCAGUGUGGGUGGCAGCUGGGGUGUGUUCCCUCCUGCAGAGAGCCCGGCCCUUGUCCCUGAUAAGCUUGGUUCCUUGGGGGCUGCCUGCCUGACCCCUUCCCGCUUCGCGGAUGGCCAACAUCAGUGGGGCCUGUUCCCCAGCGAGGGACAGCAGCCAGCCCCCCAGCCUGGAGGACGGCUACGAAGCAAACCGUGGAGCCCCUGCAAGUUUGGAAACACCCCCACGGCCUUGUCUGGGCCCAGCCUGACUGAGAAGUCAUGGGGGGUAGGGGCGGGCGAUCUCACCUCGGCCCUGAAGGGUGGUCCCGGAUUCCAAGACAAGCUGUGGAGCCCUCUGAAAGGGGAGGGGGGAAGGAUUCCAACCCCAGGGGCGAGCCAGCUGGACAAAGCCUGGCAGUCCUUCGGCAUGCCCCUGGGCCCCAGUGACAAGCUGUUUGGGGCCCUGAAGUCUGAGGAGAAGCUGUGGGAUCCCUUCAGCCUGGAGGAGGGGACAGCCGAGGAGCCCUCGAGCCAGGGGACGGUGAAGGAGGAGAAGGGCGGUGGCAGUGGCGGCGCUGCCGAGGAGGAGGAAGAGCUGUGGUCCGACAGCGAACACAACUUCCUGGACGAGAACAUUGGUGGCGUGGCCGUGGCGCCCGCUCACGGUUCCAUCCUCAUCGAGUGUGCCCGGCGGGAGCUGCACGCCACCACGCCCCUCAAGAAGCCCAACCGCUGCCACCCCACCCGCAUCUCGCUGGUCUUCUACCAGCACAAGAACCUCAACCAGCCCAAUCACGGGCUGGCCCUCUGGGAGGCCAAGAUGAAGCAGCUGGCGGAGAGGGCGCGGGCGCGGCAGGAGGAGGCCGCCCGGCUGGGCCUGGGCCAGCAGGAGGCCAAGCUCUACGGGAAGAAGCGCAAGUGGGGGGGUGCCAUGGUCACCGAGCCCCAGCAUAAGGAGAAGAAGGGGCUCGUCCCCACCCGGCAGGCGCUGGCCAUGCCCACAGACUCGGCGGUCACCGUGUCCUCCUAUGCCUACACGAAGGUCACCGGCCCCUACAGCCGCUGGAUCUAGGAGCCAGGGUGCCAGGGAGCCAGCGUACCUCAGCGUCGGGCCCGGCCCGAGCUGCCUCUGUGGUGCUUUUGCCCUCACACCUGGGGGCGGGUUGGGGGUGCAGAAGUCUUUUUAUCUAUAUAUACAUAUAUAGAUACGCAUAUAUAUGUAUUUAUGGUCCAAACCUCAAAACUGACCCGCCCCUCCUUUCCCCCACUUCCCCAGCACUUUGAAGAAGAAACUACGGCUGUCGGGUGAUUUUUUCGUGAUCUUAAUAUUUAUAUCUCCACGUUGGCUUUUUUCCCCCCUUGUUUGGGGGGCUUUUAUUUUCUCUUGUUUUUAAAACUCUAUCCUUGUAUAUCACAAUAAUGGAAAGAAAGUUUAUAGUGUCCUUUCACAAAGGAGUAGUUUUAAAUUCCAUUUAAAAUGUGUAUUUAUUGGAUUUUUUAAAAGUGACAAUUGUAAUGGUAAAGGAUCGGCAGGAAAGGCCAGAAGCACUCAUUCCUGCCCAGUUGCGCUGGGCCUGGUGAGCCUGGCCUCCUUGGGAGCUGACGAGGUUCUCUAGCCAUCUGCCCCUCAUGAGCCAAGUGCAGGUUGUAGCCACCCACUGCAUCCCUCCUGAUAGACAUGCCUUCCCUCCGGCGGGUGGGGGAGCCCUCAGGACAGCUUCUGUCCUCUCCGGUAGGAUGGAAGAAUCUGUAGAAAAACAUCUGGGGACCCUUUUCCAGUCCCCAGCGUUGGAGCCGGGGAUGGGGCAGGUGCACCCCAGGCCAGGCACCUGAGAUGCGGGCGUAGAUUCCGCCCCCCACCCCAACCAGGUUGGAAGUAGACAGCUUCAAGCUUGCUAGUCUCCACACUGAAUCCUCUCUGUCCGUUAUCUCUCAAGUCACGUGGUAUCGUGGUCCCCUCAGCAGCACCUCGGGACGGAGCUGGAAUCGAGAGGUUCUCAGGAGCCUUUUCCACCAAGCUGACCAGCCAAUGAGUACUGGCUGAAGGAAUUUGUCUUACUGGCAGUUUUUUGUUUUUGUUUUUGUUUUUUUAAUGCCCCAAAGUCUAUGCUGAUACCGAAAAGGGCUACUGUAUCUUUAAAAACAAGAAGUCGAACCCAAGCUGUGAAAAGCCUGUGGUGCUGUGUGCAGCGCUGCGCUGCGCAGGGCCUGGUGCUGUAGUGUUGUGCUGGGACCUCCUUGGUGCGGGCAGCCGCGCCCCACAGGAGCUCCGCACAGCGGUGCAACAGCAGUAACACAUCUCCUCUUCCCUGGAGUUCACAUUGGACAAUGGUGCAUGCCUCACCCCUGAGCCCACCCCCUCCGCGCCAGCAUUUGGGGAGUGGGCCGACACUUCACAGUUUUAAGAUGCAAGAGUCAAGCAUUUUCAGCAGGUAGCUAUGAUUUUGUUCCUCCCUACUUGGUGCCAUUUCUCUAUUCGGUCAUUUUCUCCUUUCCUUCCUCCCCUCUCCACCCACCCUGAACCCGCCUGUUUCUAAAAUUCUGGUGCAUUCAUUCGUUCAGUUCUUCGGAAUGAGAAUGUGGUGCUUACUUUUUCCGACGUUGUUGAGAGAGGUUGGGGCCUGACAGGUGGAAGCAACGUGCGUCGACAGCAAGUCAGACUUCUUGGAGUGUUUGUUUUUCCGGUGGUUUUAGCAGAAGUUAUAGCACGCUACCCAGGUGGAUGAGUGUGUGGUGACCGGGAGGCUUCGUAAGGAUGCAGAGGGGCAUGUGGCCACACGGGGAAUGACAGCCAAGCCCUGAGAUAAACAUCAGAUAUUUAUUGAGCAGUUUUAUUCAGAGGUGGGUCUUCAUAAAAUGAGUUUAACAAUCAAAUGACGAUGCUAAAGGCAAGUUCCUGAGCUUCCAGGUGCCUUGUUUAAGAGCUGAGAACCGACCCGCUGGGUGUUUACUGUAGCUGUUCCAGAAGCACUGGCGCAGAGUCGCUGUGAGAUGUCCUGAGCAUUUAUGUGGUCUGGUUUUAACUGUAAAUAGUGAAAAAUUUUUAAGCACUUUUGCCUAGAUUUAAACAGCAACUUGAAAAAUAAAAAGUAUGUUUUAACAUGUAAUUGUGGGAGAAAUUGUAAAUAGUAGCUGACUAUUUAACGUGCUUUGUCUAUCCUUCACUUUUACCAUAUUCUGUAAAGUUGCAUUUAUUUUACAGGACAAAAAUGAAAUAUUAUUGCUUUUGAAAUAAAUACCCAAGAGCUUAUCAGGAUUUUGAAUUAUUCAGAACUCAGAUUUAUAGGAAAACCUCUGACCUUCAGUUUGACAAGCUAAAGGAAGCAGAGUCUUUGAUGAGCAUGCUGAUUUUCUAGUUUUGAGGAAAAGUUGGGUCCUUUAAAUGCUAUUUUGCUUAUCGCAUCAGUACUUUUAUGCAGGUCUCAUUUGACUCCGUGCUUAGGUAGAUGCGGGGGUGCCUUGAAAACUUCAUUUUAAAUUAUCUUAAGCAAGAAAUACAAUAUUUUACAAAACGUUUGGCAAAUGUGACCGUCUGUGUGACCCGGGAGAGCCCCAGGUUGGCUGUCGGUUUGGAAGGUCCCGAGUGUAACCCAGGUGCUUCUGAUACGUGGCAUGUAUGAAUCUCCCUGGUGUGUGUUAGACUCUUCCCCCUCAUCACCCUUUGGUAGCAAAGCCAUUAGAUGAAAGGAGAAACCCAUACAAGCUAAAAGCAUGUGAUGUCUGUCCCCCACCCCAGCCCACACAGCCUGUGGUUCCUAAAUUUCUAGAUUAGCAAAUAGGCUGCUGAGAAGUGAGUCAAGAGGCAGUCUCCAUUGGACGUUCCCGUGCCCUUCCGAACGGUGUUGCAGAAAUUGGGUGGUGCUGUUGCCAUGCUCAAGCCCAUGCUGAUUUGUACACACUACAUGUAUAACCUACCUCAAAUCUCAGUCAUUAAAUUAGCAUGCUUUAGACGUAUGUUUAAAAAAUAACUAUGCACAGCUCUUUAUCCCCCCACCCCUUGCUGCUGAAGGUUUCUUAAAGAGAAAAAUCAAAUUUUUAUUUUUUACUGGCACUAUCAUUUUUUAAGUCCUAAAGAUGAUUAACAGACAUUUUUAUCAUGAGAAGAAAAAUAAAGCCAUUGCAACUAAAGAACCUAACGAACGGCAUGACCAAGUUGUAAGAAUGAUAGUAGAGCAGCGGAAGUGAUGGAGUCUUAGCGUCAUCUCCCCAGCGCGCCCUGUCCACGGCCGCCAUCCACAUGCAGCGCAGACAUUUGGUUCUUCUUUCGUUUUGUUCUGUCGUCCCUGCCUUUUGCGUGCAAGGAAAGUACUUGUGAAGUUUUGUGCUGAGAGGUUUUUCAAAUCAAAAUCGCUUUUCGGCAGGUUCUCGCCUAAUAACUGGUGCUAGCUCAAGAAACCGUUAUCUAACCAUCAGAAAUCUUGACCAAGGUGUGUUUCAUGGAUUUUGAGGUGUUUUUGUUUUUGUCAUCGUUUGGUGUGUUUUUUGGCAGGGCCUGGGUUUCCCACACUCCGGCUUCGUGGGGACUGCUUUGCCUUCUCCCUGAGAUGACAGGCAUGCAGGGAAAGGUCCUACCCACCCCCUCUUGGUCCUUCCACCAGCCUCUUUUGGAAACAGUAGUUUGCAGAGCAAGGGACUUAGAGAGUGCUAAGGCAGGGAAAGAAGUAGCCGGUCCCGGCUGCUUUGUACCACACAGCAGUGGGUGUGCGAGGAUGGUGAUGGGCGGCGAGCCGACGGUAACCUGAUUCCAUUGAGAGGUGCCCGCCAGGCUUCAGGAAGUAAAACACCGCCAGAUCUCACACCAGGGUAGUGCUGCGCAGAAUUGAAACGAUAGCCCCGACGUGCCUCAACCAACCUCUCUUUCCUUUUGUUACUGAAGUGUGUUUUAUGGACUGGGAAGCAUUUUUAUGAAUUGAAAUAGUCUAAAUAAAAUGGUGCUAUGGUGUUUUAAUGUGACUGUCCCUGAUCCUGUCCUGCUGAGGUGCUAUCAAGGUUCUGAAACCACAACCAACCAAAAAUAAGGUGGGCUCCAGUCUCUCUUGGCU